CCCGAAAAACAGAAUGAACUACAAAGCAUAGCAGCUAAGACAUUGUCAUAGAAAAAUAUGACAAAUCCUGAUAUUGGAAUAUACUCCAACAAUAACUACGUCCCAGACAUUGGACAAUUUGGUCACAAACCUGACAUCAUUAACUCCACUCCAAUGCAAAAUAACCAGGGAGGAUGCAACUACCCAGGAAAUUUUACCUUUGCAGUUCCCACGUCAGCAAAUCAGCUGACUGCAGGUUUUACACAAACAAGCCAACCAGGUGGACUCUAUUCUAACACCUACAUGAACCCACAGCGAGUUGUUCCUGGAAUGGGAGCAUCAUGGCAGCAUACUGUUCCUAACUACAUGCCGUGGACUGAUCAGGUUUACGGCAUGGUGAACUCAGGGAUGUCAAGGGUCCCCACUUUUACAGGGAACUCAACAGUUUCACAGAGUUACAACAUUGUACCAAGCCCAUCUUGCAGUGGUCCAACUAGGAGAAAUAAACGUCAUGCAACAGAGGAUAUUGAAGCAGGUUCUCCGGAGAAUAAAAUUUUUUUAACAGAAGAAAAGAUGGCAGACAGAAUGCAGAGUUUAAACAUACAGUGUACAGGUACAAGAAACCUGUCCCCACCACCUGUGCAGCCUUUACCUGACGUUGUGUUGUCUAGUGAUAUGGAUGCACAAUAUUGUACAGAAGCAGAAGGGCUGCAACGACUGAAGGAACUAGAAAAAAGGCUUGAAGAUGAUGUUUCAGAAAGCAGAGAUAGGGAGAAGACAAGGAAAGACAAACCUAAGUUUAAACUAAAACUAAAUUUACCAGAAAAAGUAACAGCUGGUAUAUUUAACCCUUCACCAAUACUGCCAAAGAGAAUAUUAGAGGACAUAAACAACUCGAACUUGCAAGUAGUGCUAUGGAAGCCACCUCUAGGGCGACCAGCGGACACGGGGGAUAAGUCACAUGACCAGGAGGCCACUGACAAUGACGAAGAGGAACCGGUUAUAACAAUGGCAGAGCAAGAUAGCACUGCUCUCCCAUCAUCUCCAUUAUUCAGUUUACCAGAAGAGGACAUAGAGAUGGAUGAGGACAACAUGGAUCUAGAUUAAUAUAUGACCUAAUUAGGACAUGCUGACCUAGAUUUGAGUGAGAUUUUGUGACCUAGUUCUGGAUGAGAUUUUUGUGAAAAUGGGUUAGAACAUGGUGCAAGAGAGCAGUCUGAUUGUGACUUUGCCAUAAUUGUGGGUUCUAAUACAUUCUUAUUUUUGCAUUUUUUGGUGCAGUUGUUGGUGUACAAAAUCAUGAUUCCAAGUCUGUAUUGUUUAGAAAUAUUACUUCUGUUUUAUGUCGAGACAAAUAUUCCAUGGCCUUCCCCUGUGGUCAGCUUAGUGUUGAAUUCUCUAUGGUGUUUAUAUGUGGCCACAACUCCAGUGUGCAUAUUACAUUUACAGUGCUAUACCCUCUACUAGCCUGACACUAUUUGAUUUCAAAUGAAUAAUGAACAAAUGGACUACAAUGUAUAAAUAAAACUUCAUGAGUGCAAAGUAAAAGAGGGGAUGUUGCACAUAAAGUAAGUCUAAUGAUGUUUACAAAAUAAUGAAGACAGAAGAAAUGAAUGCCACACUGCUAAAUUUAGAAGGAAGGGUCUGUUGUAAAAGAACUUGUUCAUUUAUCCGUAUGUGUGAGAGGUCGUCAUUUUAUAUUUUUUAUCACAAAUUUCUCGGCCUUAAGACAUUGCUGCAUCACUGCCAAAAGAGCAUUGUUUCAUUUCUGCAUUUCAUUUAAUGUUCUCAUAUUCUGAAAUAUAAUUUCAUUGAGUGAAAACACAUAAAGGUCACAAUUAACAUAUCAUUUCAUUUUGUAAGGGAAUGGGAACCGUUGUAGAUAAAUUCAUUAUGUCAUAUACUUAACCUACUAAUCUACAGUUUUGUAUAUUGUAAAGUGUUCUCACACAAAAAGAGAGGUAGGAAAUUACAGAGAUCACUAAAUCAUUUCACUUUGAGGAGGUACAUGUAAUUGAUGUUACUGAAAGGAUAUGCAUUGUAUUUUCUUACAUUGUAUACUAUUUUGUAAUGUAUGGGUGAGUGAUAAAGAUUUUUAAUGCAAUAUAUAUGGCAAUAAAGGGUUUGAGAGUCAA